AUGGGCUGUGUUCCAAGCACCAACAUCUCUGAGAGCAGAGUGGUCUGUCACAGUAGCAAUGAGUCUGAGGAGUGCAAUUCCCCUCACCAGACCAACACAACCAUGUCUCAACAGCAGCAAGGCAACCCCGUCCCAGGAUUAUUCAUUAAAUGCUACAACACAUCCACUUAUGAGGUGAGGACUAAUUCCUCUAAGAAAGACAAGAGGGAGAACAGCCAGAGCAUGGAGACAGAGACCCAGACCAGCAGAUCCAGUGUUAAGGCACCAGUAACAGAUGUGCAGUUUGGCCCCAUGAGACUUCAUCAAGAUCAACUUCAGGUACUUUUAGUGUUUGCCAAAGAAGACAACCAGAGUAAUGGGUUCCGUCGGGCAUGUGAGAAAGCUGGAUUUCGAUGUAAUAUUGCCAGGACACCAAAGUCUGCACUAGAAUGUUUUCUUGAUAAACACCAUGACAUUAUCAUUAUUGACCAUAGACAUUCCAGAUGCUUUGAUGCAGAAGCGUUAUGCAGGUCUAUCAGAACAACGAAACCCUCAGAAAAUACAGUCAUUAUUGGUGUAGUACAAAGGCAUGCUGAUCGUGAAGAGUCAUCAAUAUUGCCCCUGAUCUCUGCUGGCUUCACAAGGAGAUAUGUAGAAAAUUCUAAUAUAAUGGCCUGUUACAAUGAGUUGAUUCAGCUGGAAUUUGGAGAAGUGCGGGCGCAAUUCAAACUAAGGGUAUGUAAUUCAUUAUUUACAGCAUUAGAGAAAAGUCAAGAAGCCAUUGAGAUCACAAGUGAAGACCAUGUAAUACAGUACGUCAAUCCUGCUUUUGAAACAAUGAUGGGCUAUCAAAUAGGUGAACUAAUAGAGAAGGAAUUAACAGAAGUGCCUAUAAAUGAAAAAAAAGCUGACUUCCUAGAUACUAUUAAUUCCUGCAUAAAGUUAGGAAAGGAAUGGCAAGGAAUGUACUAUGCAAAAAAGAAAAAUGGAGAUAGCAUACAACAAAAUGUGAAGAUACUACCUGUCAUUGGACAGGGAGGAAAGAUUAGACACUAUGUGUCAAUUAGUAGACUGUGCAAUGACAACGAUAAGGCGGAGAAGACAUGUGAACGUAUUCAGGCUGACUCUCAGACAGAUACUCAGACUUGCAGACACAAAGACAGGAGGAAAGGAUCACUAGAUGUCAGAUCCACAACAUCACGAGGGAGUGAUGGCAGCUCACAAAGGAGGCACUCUUCUAUGGCCAGGAUACAUUCCAUGACUAUUGAAGCACCCAUCACCAAGGUAAUAAACAUCAUCACUGCUGCACAAGAAAGCAGCCCAAUGGCAGUUGCAGAAGCUUUAGACCGGGCUUUGGAGAUUUUAAGAACCACUGAAUUGUACUCUCCGCAACUGGGGACAAAGGAUGAAGAUCCACAUACAAGUGACCUCGUUGGAGGGUUAAUGACAGAUGGUUUACGAAGAUUAUCAGGGAACAAAUACAUAUUGUCAGCAAAACAAUCUCAUCAGGCUGCUGGCAGUUUGAUCUCUCCAAUCUCCCUCAAUGACAUACCCCCACGGAUAACACAGGCAAUGGAAAAUGAAGAACACUGGGAUUUUGAUAUCUUUGAACUUGAGGCUGCCACCCAGAAAAGGCCUUUGGUUUACCUGGGCCUCAAAAUAUUUGCUCGCUUUGGAAUCUGUGAAUUCCUAAACUGUUCAGAAUCAACUCUGAGGUCAUGGUUACAAGUUAUUGAAGCUAACUACCAUUCCUCCAACUCAUACCAUAAUUCUACUCAUGCAGCAGAUGUACUACAUGCCACUGCUUAUUUCUUGUCUAAGGAAAGAGUAAAGGUGAGUCUACUAGUCUAUAAGAAACAGU